AUGCCCGACAGCGACAAUGGCAUCACUAGUAUCAUCAACGAGACGACGAGCCAGCGGACGCUGGCGCCCGUGGCCGUCGCCUCACAGGUCGGGUUGAUGUUGGGCAUCUCGUUUGCUACCGUGAUUCUCUUCAACCUGCUUCGCCCAAGAAACAAGAUCAUUUACGAACCAAAAGUCAAAUACCACGUUGGCGAUAAGGUUCCACCGCGCGCAUCCGAUUCAUUCCUCGGAUGGGUUUCGCCCCUCAUCCACACCAAGGAGGCCGAGCUCGUAGACAAGAUCGGCCUCGACGCUGCAAUCUACCUCCGCUUCAUCCGUCUCUGCCGCUGGCUCUUCACCGCGAUCACAUUCGUGUGUUGCGCAGUUCUGAUCCCCAUCAACGUCACCUACAACCUCGCCCACGUCAAAUCCAAGAACCGCGAUGCCCUCUCGAUGCUCACCAUUCGAGAUGUCUCGGGCAACCUCCUCUUCGCGCACGUGGCCGUCACCUAUGUGAUCACCUUCCUCGUCAUCGGCUUUGUAUACGUCCACUGGCGCGAGGUCGUGCGGCUCCGGCGCUCCUGGUUCCGCUCGCCCGAAUACGUCCAGUCCUUCUACGCCCGGACGCUCAUUGUCAACAACGUUCCGAAAAAGCUCCAGUCCGACGAAGGCAUCCGCGCGAUUUUCGAGUCCGUCCAUGUGCCGUACCCCACCACCUCCGUUCACGUCGGUCACAAGAUCGGUCGUCUUCCGGAGCUCAUCGAGUACCACAACGACGCGGUCCGUGAACUCGAGGCCGUCCUGGUCACGUACCUCAAGGGUGGCAAGAUUGCGAAAAAGCGUCCGACUAUCACCAUCGGUGGUUGGCUCUGCUUUGGCGGCGAGAAGAAGGAUGCUAUUGACUACUACACCGCGAAGCUCCAACGUGCGGAUAAGGCUGUCCAGGAAUUCCGCAAUCAGAUUGACUUGCGGAAGCCCGAGAACUACGGUUUCGCGUCGAUGGCUGCUGUUCCCUAUGCGCACAUUGUGGCGAAUAUGUUGAAGCGCAAGUCCCCGAAGGGUGCAGCGGUUUCGCUCGCUCCCAACCCCAAGGACAUCGUGUGGAAAAACUUGGGCCGUACUCAAGCCGAGAUUCGUCGUGCGCAGACAAUGGGUUGGCUGUGGCUCAUCGCCAUUUGCGCCUUCAACACCAUACCGCUCUUGAUUAUUUCCGUUCUUGCGAACCUGGCGUCCAUCACCGCUUACGUUCCCUUCCUUCAAUCGUGGUCGGACGCUUCACCGGGCUCCUUCACAUUCGUGUCUGGUGUUCUUCCUUCCACUGUGUCUGCGCUCUUCGGAUGGGCCCUUCCGAUCAUCAUGCGUAAGCUGACGAAGUUCAUGGGCGCAUACACGCACUCGCGCAUGGACCGUGCCGUCGUCGCCCGCUACUUCGCCUUCUUGAUCAUCUCGCAGCUUAUCAUCUUCACCCUGAUCGGUGUCAUCUUCAAUGCGGUGAAGCAGGUCGUCCUUCUCAUCGGCAAGCACGCGAGCGUAGACGAGAUCUUCCAUAACUUCGACACUUCCGGAGACCAUCAACCAGACCUACAUCGACCAGUCGUCCUACUGGCUCACGUACUUCCCGCUUCGUGGUUCCUCGUGAUCUUCGAUCUCGCCCAGCUACUCAACCUGUUUAUCGUCUCGUUCAAGACGCACUUUUUGGGACGGACGCCCCGUGAGAUCCGCGAGUGGACGCAGCCUCCUGAGUUCCAGUUCGCCGUAUACUACUCGAACAUGCUCUUCAUGGCCUCCGUUGGCUCGGUGGUGUACAAGUACCAGCUUAUGUUCGUCUUCGUGUCGAAGACCGAGAGUGGCGGUCGUAUGUGGAACGUGGUCAUUAACCGUCUGCUUGCCGGUGUCAUCCUCAUGCAGUGCAUCAUGGUCCUCACCAUCGGUCUCCAGUACACAUUCAAGUCGUUCUACUGGAUCGCUACCGUCCCACCUAUCUUCUUCAUCAUCAUCUUCAAGGGAUACAUCAACCGUGUCUUCCAGCCCUCGUUCAGGUACUACAUGCCCACCGAGGAGGAGCUCCGCGACGCCGAAGUCCACUCGCAGCGCAACGACAACGCUCGGAACCGUCUCGAGAAGCGUUUCGGCCACCCGUCGCUUCACUCGGAGCUUUUCACCCCGAUGGUGCACGCGAACAUGACGCACCUCCUGUCGCAAGUGUACCACGGCAAGCUCGGGACAGAAACCGCCAAGGUCGGCGACAUGGGCGGCCGGAAGAUGGACACCACGGUCGUCGCGGGCGGUAUCAAGAUCGCCGGUGUCCAGGAGAACGACUUGGCGUACGACCCAGCCAUGUACAGGCGCGACCGCGGCGACGACUGGGACACGCGCUCGAUCGCCUCGUCGAACAUGCUCUCGGACAAGGCGCCAUACCCCGAAGGCGGGCGCUCGUCCCCCGCGCCCUCGAAGUUCGCAGGCUACGACCGGUACCUCGCACAAGGCCCGACGUCGGAGAUCGAGAUGACGCGCCUGGACAUCCCCGACAACCAGCCGCUCCUCAACCAGCAGGGCCACUUCGUCGGCCAGGGCCAAAGCUACUACGACCCGAUGGCCGCGUCGCAGUCGAACGUCGACCUCAACUACGCCACGCCGCUGAGCGAGAACCCGCACAUGCCCCUGCUCCCCGCCGCAUACGCCCCCGACGUGGCCCGCGAGGCGUCCCUGCACCGGCCGUAUCCCUCUGGUGGCCAGUACACGCCGCCGCAGCAGCCGUGGGCGCCCGGCCCCGGGGCGUACAUCCAGCGCACCGGGAGCCCCGCGCAGGUCUACAGCCCGCACCACCAGCAGGAGGACUCGGGCGACUACUUCAGCGGGAACCCGGCGGCGUCGCACGUGGCGAGCCAACGCUCGUCGCCGGACUCGUACAGGAGCGGCGUCCCCGCGCGCACGCCGCCGCCUGGGCUGUACGACGGCCCGCAGAACAUGGCCGGCCGUGGGGCGCAUCGAGCGCCACCGCAGUAA